AUGGAAGUUGUCAAGGAGCUCCAUGCUGCUGUGGCAAAUGCCUGUGAGGCCUCAUUCGACAAUGCCUAUAGACACAUGAAAUCCCAUAUUGAUGCACACACCAAAGAGGCAGAAAUCAAAGAAUCACUGGCAAUUAAAGCCCAGCAAAAAUCAGAGACAAUAAUUCAAGAGCUUCAGUGCGAUAUCACGGUACUCCGGAGUGAGCUGCAACAAUAUGAAGUUGAUCCACGGGACCUUGAACUUCCCGGGAAAUACGCCAAUCUAGAGACCGAAUUUGACCCGAAGAACCUGUGGGGGGAUGACCUGGAUGAUGAUGACCAUCACAAUCUUCGGAAGUCUCGGAAAAAAGUUGAGGCCAAAUACACCGCGCUUUAUACAAAUUUACAGACGUUCAUCCAAACUUGGAGUGGUCUCAAAUCCCGGGUGUUGCAGCAUAAAAAGAAGCUACGGCGAUGGGAUCAACAACUAGAGCGUGAAGAAUUCUCGCUUGUUCUCAACGGUCAACCCGUCACAUUCCGCAGAGUGCAAAGUCCCACUCCCGAGGACGUUGACGAAGAACACUCGCCCCGGGCCCAAGCCUCCUCGAAGAAACGUUCAAGAGAACAGUGUCCAAAUCUCCCAACCAAGGCCAUUAAGCUAUCGCAAAAAAGUACCCGUGCAGAUGAUGUGCAUACAAAUAUGAAAGUCGAAGAAGAUACGCAAAGAAUAAUUCACGGCCCAACAUCAGAGUCGGCAUCCACGUCUAGCUCUCCUAGACCCGAUAUGGAACCCUCGGAAUCUUCUGAUACAACACAUCUCCUGUCCAAUGUCCCCCGACAGCAAAAUUGGCAGAGUUUUUCACCAACACUUCCCAGCAAGAAUCUCGUGCAUAGCCAGCGGGCGAUCAUCGGCUCGAAGCACCCUGCAGUUGUCAAAAAUGAGAUAUUGUCCUCGAGCCCAACCCGAGGUGCAAUGGAUAACAGUGAACAGCCAUUUUUAAGCACACAAGACCUCGAUGAGAUAGGGAAUACGAUACGAACACCAAUGAAACGGAAAGCCUAUCGGGAUGUCAAUAAUGCGGACGCUUGGAAUCCAGAGAACAGUACAAGUAACACACAGUACUCAACGCGGAUACCAACAGGCCAGCAAAUACCUCACCAGUCAUAUAUACUCCAACCAGUUGACGGCAAUGCACGCAGUGCCGCAUUCUAUGCACAGGGAUCUUCCACGAAACGCCUCCAAGAUCUGGAGCGACGCGCAAUACCAGCUCUGGCAGAAGACGGCGACGAUGCGACAAACUUACAGAUAUCCCCAAAGAUCGGCUCCGGUGUCAAUCUUGGACCUUUGGAAGCAAAGAACAAUGGUGGAUUUUCCCAGAGACGCCUAGAAAAUCUUCUAGAACAAUCGGUACCCUCCAAAUCACCUCUUCGUUUGUCGAGCAAAGUUUCCGGUCCGGAUUUAACAAUGGCGAACAAUACACCGCAGAGUGAUCAAACAAGGCCUGAUAUGUCGAGUCAAAUGGUCCCGGAUAUAGACCCCGACGAUGAACCAUUCAGAGCAAGACCACUUCAUCGCCUUGGGUUGGGGCAUUUCAAAAUCAAUCCGGCUAGAAAUCAAGGGCUUGAUUACGCAUAUGAUGAAGUUGUCCGAAAGAAGGAUGACCGCAAAUGCAUAUCAGGCUGUACUCGCCCAGGAUGUUGUGGUGAUCGGUUCCGGGCCAUGGCCCGCCUUGGGGGCCUCCCCAGCAAAUCCGGGGCAGAACAAGAGAAAGAAGACCAGGCGAUUCUACAAGAGUUUGUGGGAGAAGACACACAAUUGCUUCGAAAUAUGAGCGGCAAAGAGCGUGAAAAUAUCCUGGUGGAAGCGAGAGCCAGGGCCCUCGCUAACCAAUAUGGACGACAUCGGCAUACUCACCAGCGAGCCCAAUCCCCUCCUGGCUUCUGGCGGACUGACAUGCCAGAUACACAGGAGGAGGAGGAAGAUCUGGAAGCUGCAAAGAUAUUAGAACGUGAGAAAGUGGAAGAGCGAUAUCGAGAGGCUAUGCGCCGUGGGGGAUUAUGGACAUGGGCGGAUGAAUGA